CGCAAAGGCCGCGGGGAUGGGGCGAGGGGAGGCCGCUCCUGCCUGAUCUGGCUCUGCCAAAUCCAGCUCGGCCCCGGCGUCAUGGCCACAUCUGAGUGGCUGAGGUUCUUUGAGGACGCCGGGAUCCCUCCGGGCCCUGCCCUGGGCUACGCCGUGGCUUUUGUGGAUAACAGGAUCCACAAGAACAUGCUGCUGGACCUGACCAAGGAGCUGAUGAAGGAGCUGGGCAUCACCGUGGUCGGCGACGUCAUCGCCAUCCUGCGCCACGCCAAGGUGGUCCACAGGCAGGAAAUGUGCCGGGCGGCCUCGGAGUCGCUGCAGCCGGAGGCUCCGGGCGAGCGGGGCCCGGGGGGUUCCCAGCGGGAUCUCCGGGAUCUCCGGGAUCACCGGGAUCUCCGGGAUCACCGGGACAGGCCCUGCGGGGCUGCAGGCAGGAUGAUCACAAACAGCCUGAGCCGGGACCCUGCCCCUCGGAACCCCCGGAGCCCGCCCGGCGCCGGCAUCUCCAUCACCGUCCCCAAUGGCGCCGCCAAGGCCGCCGGGGCCGGGCCGGAGCCGCCGUCGGUGCCGCCCAAGCGGCGCCGGGUGACGGCGGAGAUGGAAGGGAAGUACGUGAUCAGCCUGCCCAAGGGAACCACGGCCCGCUCCCGGAAAAUCCUGCAGCUGCAGGCGGCCAGAGGGCUGGGCCGGACGUCGGUGUUCGAGCGGCUCGGAGCCGAGGCCAAGGCUGCUGCAGCCACUGGGGGGAAGCCCUCGGGGGUGUUCAGCCGCCUGGGGGACGCCCUGGAGGGCUCCGAGCCGGCGGAUCCCGGCGACGCCGAGGCUCUGCCCUACGCCGGCGUGCUGAAGAAACGCCGCGAAUGUUCCGGAAGCGCCGCCGCGGCCGAGGCGCAGGACGGGGCCGUGUCCAGCUCGGUGUCCGGAGAGUUCCGGCCGGCCUGGGGCUGCGGGAAGGUCAGCAGCUCCUCCUGCGAGCCCCGCGGCUCCGGCAGCGUCUUCCGCAGGCUGGGACGGAAACCGGACUGAGCUCGGGCACGGGAUCCCCCCGGGAAUGCACGGACUGAGCCCGGGGCAGGCCGGGAGUGGGGAUCCUGCUGGGGGAUCCUGGGAGUGGGAAUCCUGGGAGUGGGA